UCCUACCCAAACUGCCCCGCCCCGCGCCAGUUAUCCAUCCACGCCUCCUCCUCAAUGCUCCUCCUCCUGCCCCGUGCCCCGCCUCUGCCGGCCCUCCGCCAUCGACGCCUCCUCCUCCCGCCCCCACGCCCUGCCACCGCUGGGGAGCGGGUGCCGCUGCUGCACCCCGCUGGUCGUCCUCUCCCUCCCCGCCACCGCCGAAGAGCGGGCGCCACGCCACCGCUGGGGAGCGGGUGCCGCUGCUGCGCCCCGCUGGCCCUCCUCUCUCCUCCCCGCCAUCGCCAGAGAGCGGGCGCCGCCGCUGCACCCCACCACCCUGGGGACAGGGUGAUGGAGCUCCCAAUACUAACCAACUAAAGAUUUUAACUGCUUCCCUUUGUAGAUUUUGAAAGAAGGAGAUACGUCAAACCAUGGGGAAGAGCAAGGCGUCCGCUAAGCCACCCCUAUGACAUAGAUGAACAAGCUCGACGCUGUCUUUUCCUGCCCAUUCUGCAAUCAUGGGAGCAGCAUUGAAUGCCGGAUUGAUAUGCACAACCUGAUUGGUGAGGCUACUUGUCAAAUCUGCCAGGAAAGCUUCAGCAUCACUGCAAAUGAUUGUACCUUCGUCAGACCGCCGUCCUCACCCCAUCAUCGUGCACCCCCGCCUGUCUGCUCACGCAUUCACAUUGAGGAAGAUGAUGAGAACCUCGGCCACGCCACCAUCCUCUCCCCGUCAUCAUCCCUUUGCAGCUUUUCCUGUCCCGACCGCCGGAGCUUCUCGCCGCAGGGCACAAGCACCUUGCAAUCGCGGUGUGCUUCUCCCCUAGUGCUGUCAUAUAGACAUCUUGCAAAAAGAGAGCUUCACGGAGCUUCACACAUUCGCACUGAGGAAGAUGAUGAGAACCUCGGCCACGCCGCCAUCCUCUCCCCGUCGUCAUCCCGUUGCAGCUUUUCCUGUCCCGACUGCCAGAGAGCCUCGCCGCUGGGUACAAGCACCUUGCAGCUGUGUGCUUCUCCCCUGGUGCUAUCAUAUAGACAUCUUGCAAAAAGAGAGCUUCACGGAGGCCCUCCCGAUGUGGGAGAUCAUAAGAGCCUAGAAAUGCGAAUGAGCCUGGAAGGAUUAUUUCGUUGGUGUUGAGAGCGAAAUAUUUUGUGUUGGAAAGUUAGCUGUGGACCCUGUGUCGGAGCUUUGGGAUCAUUAUCCUGCCGGUGCAAUGGUCAUGCGUCAAGCAUACACGUUUUACUUUUAAUACACGACAUUUUUAGGUGCAUAACAUAGAUUUUAUCCUGUAAAGUAGUGUGAGCUAUUUCAUAUGCUCGAGUGUGAAUUAAUUGCAUGGGAUGCCACUUCUGCUGGUUGGGACGCUGAUGGCGUGUGUGCUUGUUGCCGCUGCUCGCAUGUGGAUGAGUAGUAUAGUGCAAAACUGGAUUAGCUUGGGACAUAUGUGCUUCAAUACAUUUUUUCUUUUGGGCUUUAAUAUUCUACUAAAUUUCUGAUGGAUAAAACAUUUAUUCCUUGUUUUCUUACCGUCUAAUGUGUUUGGCACUUUUUGUUUCAGAUUUUCCCCUCUUCUUUAUGCAGCAGGUACAAGGUCUCAACAUGUUGAAGGCUACUUCCAGACUUCCAGUUCUUCCAUUUUCAUUUUCAUCUUACUGUUUUUAAUGCAUUUUUCUACAGUAUAAGGACUUGAGGUGAUUUGUGGAUUGUAGGGCAUGGAUCUUCACAGUGAUGUUAGCUCUAUACUGAAUGUAUCAAAACAUUGUUAUGGUUACUUCUUAUUGUUUGGUUACACAGUCAUGGUAGCACAAGUUGUAUGUAAGCUUGAGAUACAUGGUGAUGCAUCUUUGUGAGGUGCAUAGCAUCAGCAAAGAUAUGAUUAGGCUUAAGAUACAAGGAGAAAUAACGGUUAUAUAUGAAAGUUAAAUACGCGAAGUUUGUCGCUUCCGUGAAGGAUGGAGUUAUGAUUAAUGCCUAACUUUCACAUUUUGUUGUAUAUGGAUCCAUAGUUAAAGACCAAGUUGUUGUUUACGUGUAUGGUGCUUCCUCUGUAAAUAAAUGUAAAUAAAUGUAAGACGUUUUAAAUCACUAAAAUAGUGAUAUAAAACAACUUAUAUAUGUUUACAGAGGUAGUACUUGACUGUCAAUAUGUGGGUUGUUGUAUGUAAUGUGUUUUUGUAAAGUCUGUAUGGCUGUGAAGUCCAUAGAUAUGGUGAGAAUAUGGAAAGAAUAUCAGCAAAGCUAUAUAUAGUUCAAAUUUA